AACCUUUGUAGCAGGUGUCCCAGACGGCAGUGUGGCCUCCAUUGUGUGGAUGGUGUCUGAUGCGCCCUUGGCUCUCCCAUAGUGAUGAAGUUGUGUGGUUUGCUGUUCUUCUCUGAUGCGGCCUCAUGGAUGAACUGGUGCAUGACUUAGCCUCAGCCUUGGAGCAGACAUCUGAGCAGAACAAGCUUGGUGAGCUGUGGGAGGAGAUGGCCCUGAGCCCCAGACAACAGAGGCGGCAGCUUAGGAAACGCCGAGGCCGGAAGCGCCGUUCUGACUUUACUCAUCUGGCAGAGCACGCCUGCUGCUUCAGCGAGGCCUCUGAGUCAAGUCUGGAUGAGGCCACCAAGGACUGUCGAGAAGUGGCUCCGCUCACCAACUUCAGUGACUCUGAUGACACAGUGGUGGCCAAACGGCAUCCGGCUCUCAGUGCCAUCAUUAGGGGUAAGCAGCAUUCAUGGCAUGAAUCUGACUCCUUUACAGAAAAUGCACCUUGUCGACCACUCAGGCGCCGGCGGAAGGUGAAGAGAGUGACGUCGGAGGUGGCUGCCAGUCUUCAGCAGAAGCUGAAAGUGUCAGACUGGAGCUAUGAGAGAGGAUGCAGGUUCAAGUCUGCCAAGAAGCAGCGUUUAUCCCGCUGGAAGGAGAAUACCCCCUGGACCUCAUCUGGCCACGGGCUGUGUGAAUCAGCAGAAAAUCGGACUUUCCUAAGCAAAACAGGAAGGAAAGAGAGGAUGGAGUGUGAAGCAGAGGAACAGAAACACGGCUCUGAUGAGAACAUGUCGGAAUGUGAAACUAGCAGUGUAUGCAGCAGCAGUGACACGGGGCUCUUCACCAAUGAUGAAGGACGGCAAGGGGAUGAUGAGCAGAGUGAUUGGUUUUAUGAAGGAGAAUGUGUCCCUGGAUUCACUGUCCAUAAUCUUCUGCCCAAGUGGGCUCCUGAUCACUGCACUGAAGUAGAAAGGAUGGACUCCGGACUGGAUAAAGUCUCAGAUCCCACAUUCCUUUUACCUUCCCGGCCAGCUCAAAGAGGAUACCAUGGUCGCCUGAGUCGGUUGCCAGGAGCUGCAGCUCGUUGCCUCAGGAAGGGUCGGAGAAGGCUGACUGGGAAGGAGACCAGCAUAAGCAGCCUGGGAACCGAGAGGAUCAGCCAUACCAUCAGUGAUCCCCAGCAGACAGAUUUCUGGUUACCAUCAGCUGGGAAAAGAGAACGCAAUCAGUUUAAUCCACUCUCUCCUCUUUACUCCCUGGACGUUCUUGUUGAUGCUUCUCAUCAGAGGUGCUCACCUGCACACUGCUCUGCCAGGCAGGCAAGUGUACACUGGGGACCACCAUGUUCACGUGACAUUAAAAGGAAACGGAAACCUGUGGUCUCAGCAUCUUUUUCUAGCCCUAGCACAGUGCACCCAGAUGUUCUGGAGCCAGCCCUCCCAGCACAGAAGCCUCCUGACUCAGAGUGGUUGGACGGGACCGCUGCAGCAGAGAAAGCCACCGCCUUUCCUCCAGCCACAUUUUUCAAAACACCGCAGGAAAAGAGCCCGGGAUGCAGCUCAAGCCCAGUACCCAAUGGGUGUUGAACCUCUGUAUCGUACAGUCUUACUGUUCUGAUCGGCAGGCUUCGUCCUGAUGCCAUCAGGACCAACUCUUCCUCACAUGCAGCAGUCACUCUUUCUUCUAGAAAAUGAUAUUUGAGGAAUCUCUUUUUGUAAAAUAUCAGUUUUCUUUAAAUGGGCGGGGCAUCGUCUGCUGUAUUCCUUCCUUCCUUGCUAGCCCACCAUUCACCUCCAGCUGCCACCUUAGAGCUGCUGCUCCUUGGCAGCUGUGUCUUUGUUCCUGAAAAUCUAGUAACAGCUUUUGCCUACCUUCUGUGUAGAGCUUUUAAUAUCGCUGAUGAAGUCCUAAAUUUGCAGCCAAUUCGAAACACAUUCCUGGAUGGAAUUGUGUCUAUGCAGUAAGGCUUGCCAUGGAGCCUUGAUUCACUCAGUGCCAGUAAGAUACAUCAACCAAGUUCUCAGUUUGGGGCCCUAGAAGAGACACCAGCAGUUAGGGUUGGGAGUUUAUUCCCUUGCCUGCUCAUGGUCUGAGGGGAUCGCCAGCAACUCCAUUGUACCUGACCUCCUCCUCAUGCUCAGUGUUCUACUGACAGGGCACAAAGGUCUGUGUACUACAGGGCAGAUGGGGGUUUAGGUGCUCAGCAAAAUAGUGGAUAGUGUUCUGACCCCGAUCUCAUUGUUAGUGUUUUAUAGGUCAGUAACCAGUGAUAAGCAGAAACUCAUGCUCCGUUAUCUGUUAUGAUAAUGGUUGGUUGGAGCCAUGGUUUGGGAAGGAAAGAUGUCUUUCUGAUAUGCCUUUCUAUGUGGUGUGUUUAUGACUGCUCAGCUGCAAGUACAGUUGUAUAUAUAGUCCUGCCAGAAGUCAAUGCUACUUUGUCAAGGUGGGGAAUAAGUGAGUGCCUGCAGCUGCUGGGAAGAGCCACAUUUCCCAGGAGUGUCAUCUGGAGCGCCUGUCAUUCAGGGCCUGCCUGACAGGAUGCUCUCUCUUUUUAUCAACUGAGUGCGUUGACUCUGAAACACACGUAGUGUUUGUUAAAUACUCACUGCCUUGGUCAUGUAGGAGAGAAUAACCUCUCUUUAAGACAGCUUCCAGGUGAUCUGGUGCCUCCUUUUCUUAAAGGGUAAUUAUCCCUCUCACACGGAGUGCAAUCAGUGUGUUCAUUUGGGAGGGUGCUCUGUGACUCCUUAGCAGUGAGGUGGGCAGGGCCCAGAAUUUGAGUCUGUUUGCAAAGGGCAACCUGAAGCCCGGUGUUUACAGAUCUUGGGGAUGCUGAGACUGUGUCAGCUGACCAUAGCAAGAAUGGUAGAGGGGGGUGCAGAGAGAGAUCGUAGGAUGAAAAGGGUAACACCAAAACCUGUCCCCCAGACUCACUCUGAUUCUUACAAGGAGUGAGUGUCUUAUGGGUGUCUCAGCUGCAUCCACAGAAGACAGGGACUGUGGCACUGUUACAAAUUCAGAGAUUUAAGUGGACGCUUGUGCCAUUGUGUUCCUGUAGUGGCCUGUGGAACACAUUUCUUCUGUUCUGGGUUGGGUAGAGGGAAAAAUCUACUGACGAUGCUUUUUAAAUGUUUCCAGACUGGUUCAUGCAGACACUGGUCCUGACAGUGACCUCCACCGUCAGGUGCAAAGGUGUCCAGUGGCUCUCCUUUUGGUACAUUAUGGUACACUGCCUGGUCGUCCUCUUUUUACCUGGGAUUUAAAGUAGCUUAUAUAUACAUAUUUAUUUAUAUUUUAAAUAUCUCUCUGAAGCCAUGCCAAUUUUCAGAGGUGAAGGCAGAGUUGCAUGCUUUACUCAAUCACAAGUGAGCCCAAACUGAAACAAGAGACGCUCGUGCUCUUCUGCCUGGGUUCUAUAAUCUGUUGUUUCUCACUGGUACCCUGAGUCAGCCCGAGGCCCACAGCUAUGACGCGCUUUCAUGACUGUUUCUCAUCUUUGUUUGUCAUGUGUUUCUACACAUUUCUGAAUGCUUUUGACAGGGACCAUCCAAGAUUACAGCAUCUGCCUGUAAUGAAUGGGGAUAACGUUAUUUACCAAGAAAACAGAAUAUUAAGCACAUAAAUUCUUUCUAAAGCAGGGUUGUAAUGUAUGCUCAUUUUAAAGUGUAAGUGCAUGCUUACGGAUGCCACUCAUCUGCUUAUUUUCUAUGUUAACCAGCUUCGGGCAAACUUUAGUAUCAGUUGUGUUUUAAACCUUACAUUCAAAACAAUUUUUUUAUGGCACAGUGGAUAAUGUCAUAAAUUUAAGAUCUGCUUUUCAAGGAGAGGUGCACUUUUGCAAUCAUGUUUGUUCUCAGUAUUGAAGAUCACUUGACAGACCUUAAAGAUGGCCUUUGACUGUGCUCAUUCAUUUCAUAUCAGAACUAAUGAAGCCAAGUGCCGUGGUUCUGAUUUCCAUGUUCUGAUGUAUUCUUAUGGACUAUAUGGAUGUUUCUCUGAAUUUCACUGGCUUGUUUUUUUUUCUAUAGUGGACAAAAGUCACAUUAUCUACUUGCAUGAAGUCCAUUCACAAGACGUUAGCUUUACCAAGAACUUUAACGGGAUCUGAGACUAUUUUCGGAUGCAGUGUUUAGAGAAAGAGCUUCAUGUAUCAACCUCCCUGGGUAGCUCUUUGGUCAGAACUGAUGAGAGGACGAAUUCAGUGCUGUUUACACGGUGCUACACUUGGAGGGGCAGGAUACGGUGUUCUGAGUGACAUGUGGUUGGGCCUUGAGUUUUUUAGAAGUCAAUUGCAAUAAAAAAUUUCAGAUGACAUUGGCUCUUAAACAAGACAGUUCUCACAGCAAAUGACCCAAAGUAAAUAAAGCGUCUUAACUUGUGGUGCUUAUGAA